AGUACUCCUAUUGUAUGUUGUGACGUAUUCACGGCUGAGUGAAUUUUUUAUCUUUAUUAAUUUCAAAAACGCUGAUAAGGAUGAUUAACUUACUAUAUAAAUCAAGUUAUGUAUUCGUACUGUUUUACUAUGCUAUAAUACCGCUCGGCUACCUAACCAAGUGGUGGGUUGCAAUUGAAAAAAUGAAGGGUAACAGCACUAUUUUGGUGACAGGGGGUGCUGGAUAUGUAGGAUCUCACACCGUAGUGGAGCUUCUAAAAAAUAACUAUUCAGUUAUAGCAAUAGAUAAUCUUGUUAACUGCUACGCCGACGGAAAUGACAAGCCAGAAUCUUUGAAAAGGGUUGAAAAAAUUACGGGGGAAACAGUUAUUUUUUAUAAUGUAGAUACCAGAGACAAGGAAGCUCUGGAUAAGAUAUUCAAGACUCAUAAAAUUGACUCUGUUAUUCACUUUGCUGCCCUCAAAGCAGUGGGAGAAUCUGUUCGAAUUCCUCUUACCUAUUACCAAAAUAAUAUUGGCGGUUCCAGUGCUCUUUUUGAGGUUAUGGCAAAAAAUGGAGUGAAAAAUAUAGUAUUUUCAUCAUCAGCUACUGUAUAUGGUGACCCACAGUUCUUGCCCAUCACCGAACAACACCCCACUGGCCAAGGGUGUUCAAACCCUUAUGGAAAAACCAAAUAUUUCGUUGAAGAAAUCUUGAAAGAUGUCUGUGCUUCUGAUCCAGAAUGGAAAGUUGUUUUACUCAGGUAUUUCAACCCAGUUGGAGCCCAUGAGUCAGGACUGAUUGGGGAGGACCCCUCUGGUAUUCCCAACAAUCUCAUGCCAUAUAUUUCUCAGGUAGCCGUAGGUCGACGUGAAAAACUCCAAGUCUUUGGUUCAGAUUACCCUACCAUCGACGGAACCGGCGUCCGAGACUACAUCCACAUCACUGAUCUCGCUAUUGGACACCUCAAAGCCCUCGAGAGGAUGUACUCGGCCUCCUUCAAGUCAUGGAAAGCUUACAAUUUGGGCACGGGCAGGGGAUACUCUGUUCUUGAGAUGGUCAAGGCGUUUUCCGAAGCGUCCGGCAAACAAAUCAAAUAUGAAAUAGUCGACAGAAGAGAAGGUGACAUCGCGGAAUGUUACGCCGAUGCUACGUUAGCUAGAAUCGAGUUGGGUUGGACCGCGGCUAGGGACGUCCACGCCAUGUGCAGGGACACGUGGAACUGGCAGAAGAAGAAUCCUAAAGGUUUUCAGAGUUCCUGAGGUCAAAUGUUUGUAUCCUUGUGCAAUAUGUCGAGUAAGUCUGAGCAAUGCUAUAGAAAUAACUGUACCCACUAUCAAGCAGCUAGGAUGUUGAUUCCUUUGGAAGCAAGGUGAUUCAAAUCAGUUCUAUUUUAUCCAGAGUAACUAUAUUAGUGAGAAUAUUGCAAAAUACUAAAAUUUGGUUACGCCAUGUUUCGAUCUAUAAUAAAAAUUUCAUAAC